AAGAAAGGGCCCAAGUUUGUGCUAAAGGAGAUGGAAGAGAUGUAUGUUGAAGAACUGAGAGCCCAGGUGAACUUGCUAAUGGCUAACUUGGAGAGCUUACCAGUAUCAAAGGGCAAUACUGACUCAAAGUAUUCAUUACAAAAAUUGAAAAGAGCACAGAACACAGCUGUGUCUAUGAUGGAGGUGACAGAAGACUCGGAACCAACUCUAAGCAAGGCAGACGUUGUUCUCUCAUUCACCUUAGAGGUACUGGUAAUGGAAGUGAAAGGUUUGAAGUCGCUCGCCCCUAAUCGUAUCGUCUAUUGCACUAUGGAAGUUGAUGGGGGCGACAAACUUCAAACAGAUCAAGCUGAGGCCAGCAAACCAGCGUGGGAUACUCAAGGGGAUUUUACCACAACACAUCCAAUGCCAAUUGUCAAAGUCAAACUAUACACUGAGAACACUGGCAUGCUAAGCAUUGACGACACACUCUUAGGCAAGGUAGUGGUAAGGCCUACCCCAAAUAGUCCCAAAACACCUGAGUGGUACAAACUAGACACACCCAAGUCUGUGACGGACAAAAUUACCCUCAAAUUAGCUGUCCGGAUGGAUAAACCACAGAACAUGAAGCAUUGUGGAUGGACCUACUGCCAAGGUAGGACAGCUUGGAAAAAGUGGAAGAAACGCUUCUUUGUUUUAGUGCAGGUGAGUCAGUACACCUUCGCGAUGUGCAGCUAUCGUGAAAAGAAAGCCGACCCGAAUGAAAUGAUGCAACUAGACGGCUUUACUGUUAAUUACAUUGAUGCGGACCAAGAGCUUGAAGCCCAAGGCGGACGCUUCUUUUUCAAAGCAGUGAAGGAGGGAGAUAGUUUAACAUUUGCCUGUGAUGAAGAAGUUGAUCGACAGUUAUGGGUCCAAGCUAUCUACAGGGCUACAGGUCAGUCCUAUAAGCCUGUUCCCCCAACUCAAAUAUCAGGAGGGAAAGGAUCAAAUGCCAUCAUUUCUAGACUUCAAGGAGAUGCUGAUCGAGCCAGGAAACAUGGAAUGGAUGAGUUUAUUCAGCGUAAUCCCAGUACGUUUGAUCAUGCUGAACUUUUCAAGCUGUUGCAGGAAUUAAUGCUUGAUCAUCGACUUAAUGAUUCCUAUUCCUGUUUGGGUUGGUUUAGUCCUGGCCAGAUCUUUGUGUUGGAUGAGUAUUGUGCACGAUAUGGUGUUCGUGGUUGCCAUCGUCAUCUCUGCUACCUGGACAACCUCCUGGAUCGAGCCGAGCGGUCUCAGAUGAUAGAUCCUACGCUGAUACACUACAGUUUUGCAUUCUGUGCUUCCCAUGUUCAUGGCAAUAGACCCGAUGGGAAUGGAACAGUGACAGUUGAAGAGACAGAAAAAUUUGAAGAAAUAAAAGACAGGCUGAGAAUACUUCUAGAAUACCAAAUCACACAUUUCAGAUACUGCUUUCCAUUUGGAAGGCCAGACCAGGCUUUGAAAGCAGCAUUAUCGUUACUGGAGCGGGUCUUAAUGAAGGAUAUUGCAACACCGAUCCCUCAAGAAGAAGUCUUCAGCACAAUCGAGAAAUGUCUGAAAAAUGCAGCUCUGGUUAACUAUGAGCAAGUUUCCACCUAUGCUAAGAUUGAAGCCGAUAAGGGUGGGGAACCUAGAACAGAGAGCUUGAACAGUAUAGACUUGCCACCAGAAAGAAGACUUGAGGAUGUCAUUCAUUUGGCCGACUUAUGUAUUGAUGUUCUACAACAGAAUGAAGAACACCAUGCAGAGCGUGAUAGGCCUAAAGAAUCUCAGGUAUUCCUAUAUGUAUUGAAAAUUAAAAGCAAACAAUAUACAUUUCUUUUUCUGCAAUAGAGUGUAACAGUGAGCUUUUUUGUCUUCCUAGUGUUUUAAUUGGAGUAGCUUGGGAAAGACAUGCUUUGCAUAUCUAUGCCAAUUAGUAUACAACUAAUUUGCAUAUUUUACCUGGCAGCCAACAUCCACAAGAGCUCCAUGAAAGCACUUGGUGCAACCAUGCCAAAAAUUAGUCUUAUCUCUUCCUAUAACAUAGGAGCCUGCAAACCACUGACAAAUUGUUCCUAACUUUUUUUAAAAUCUUGUUUUUACUAUUUCAAUUAUUAUCAGUGUGAAAUAUGAAAUGAAUAAAUAAGAAGAAUGCAUAAUUUGAAAAUUUAUAAAAUUCUUGAUAAUGGAGCAAAUAAAUAUAUUGCAGUGUGAAAUUGUUAACACACUACAAUGUUUUUCUAAACUUGCAAUUAUAAAAUUAUCAAUUUGAUACAGUGACAUGGUUCUAUCUGUGCUACCUUAGUUUUUCCAUCUUUGUUUUUUUAAUAAUAUUUAAUAUGAAUGUAUUUCUCAUGCACAUUUAACACUCUUUGCUCUAGUUUUAUAUUGUUCUGUCAGCUUAUCAACCUAUGUUUAUCUCAAUUCUGUACUAACAUUUUGUUUACUUGAUAUUUAUAAGAAAAGUAAAG